UGGAAACUCUACGUGCGAAAAGCAGAAGAGCAUGAUAGUACUCUUCUGAAGAAGUGGAACGAGGGACUCGAUGUUUUCUUACUGUUUACUGGUCUCUUUUCGGCGGUCCUUUCUACGUUCCUUAUAGCAUCCUGGUCGUCUUUGCAACAAAACACCACUCAAGCAUCCUUAGAUGCACUUGGGUCUCUUUCUCAACAACUCGAUGCUCUGAAACGCGGACAAGCCGCUGACCCCGCUCCUUCUUACCUUCCUGAGCCGUUCGAAGUACCCGCCUGGGCAGUAGCCGUCAAUGCCCUCUGGUACACCAGCUUAUUCAUCACCCUAUUCGCUGCUGUUCUUGCCAUGCUAGUAAAGGAUUGGCUUCGU